AUGGCUUCAAAACCUCACGUCGUUGUCAUUGGCGCCGGAGUCAUUGGCCUCACCACCGCUGUAUUUCUAGCUGAGGCAGGAUACGUAGUGACAGUCGUAGCCGCUCAUGUACCCGGCGACUCGAGCAUUGAAUAUACCUCGCCAUGGGCAGGAGCUCACUGGCGGACCCACGCCACCGUCGACGAACCAGAGCAAUGUGACUGGGACGUACAGACAUUCCAGUACUGGCUCGAGUUGGUGGGUAAGGAGGAAAAGGACUCCAAAGUACCGAAAUCUGGCUUGAGGCUCGAAGAAUCCAUCCACUACUGGGACGGCCCCGUGACCGAAGACCUCUGGUGGGCGCCUCACGUGCUCAACUUCCGGCAGCUGAACACGUUCGCCGAACCCAUCGCCUCGAUCAAUGCGACCCGGCCAGCUCAUGCCCCCGAGAUCAAAUGGGGUGCUACUUCACAAGCUUUCUCCAUCAAUGUCCCGCAGUAUUUUCUCUAUCUCCAGGAGCGUGCGCGAGCUUCCGGGGCGGUGAUUUUCCAGUCGAAACUGCCGACUGAUGGCGGGUUGGAGAAGGUUUUGAGCGCGGCGGAGGGGAUCGCACAUGCGUUGAAACGGGGGAAAGUGGAAUGUUUCGUGAACGCGACGGGGUUGGGUGCGAGGGAGGUUUGUGGUGAUGAAGGGAUGUAUCCGAUCCGAGGACAGACGGUUCUCGUCAAGGGCGAGGCGAAAGCCACGAGGACGAGGUAUCACGGCGGGAAGAUCGGCGAGGGGUCUACAUCGUAUGUUAUCGUGAGGCCGGGCUCUGGGACGACGAUUCUCGGUGGCACGAAGGAGAAAGGGGAGUGGAGUGCGGUGCCGGAUGAGGCGACUACGAAGAGGAUUUUGGAGAGGUGUGGUUGGAUGGCGCCGGAGUUGUUGACGGGGAAGGAUGGGGGGUUUGAGGUUGUUAGUGUGCAGGCUGGGUUGAGGCCUGGGAGGGUUGGGGGUCCGAGGACUGAGAGGGAGGUUGUGAAGGGGAGGCAGGUGGUGCAUUCGUAUGGGCAUGCGGGUGGUGGGUAUCAGAAUUCUAUUGGGGCGGCGAGGAAGACGAUUGGACUUGUUGGGGAGAGUGUUGGGAAGGGGGCGAGGGCGAGGCUGUAG